AUAUCGAAAUGGCUGACAAGAAGAUUAAGAUCGGAAUCAACGGUUUCGGAAGAAUCGGUCGUUUGGUGGCCAGAGUUAUCCUUCAGAGGAGCGAUGUUGAGCUCGUCGCUGUUAACGAUCCCUUCAUCACCACCGAGUACAUGACGUACAUGUUUAAGUAUGACAGUGUUCACGGUCAGUGGAAGCACAAUGAGCUCAAGGUUAAGGAUGAGAAGACACUUCUCUUCGGUGAGAAGCCAGUCACUGUUUUCGGCAUCAGGAACCCUGAGGAUAUCCCAUGGGGUGAAGCCGGAGCUGACUUUGUUGUUGAGUCUACUGGUGUCUUCACUGACAAGGACAAGGCUGCUGCUCACUUGAAGGGUGGUGCGAAGAAAGUUGUCAUCUCUGCACCAAGCAAAGAUGCUCCCAUGUUCGUUGUUGGUGUCAAUGAGCAUGAGUACAAGUCUGAUCUCAACAUUGUUUCCAACGCUAGUUGCACCACUAACUGCCUUGCUCCACUUGCCAAGGUUAUCAACGACAGGUUUGGAAUUGUCGAGGGACUUAUGACCACCGUCCACUCUAUCACUGCUACGCAGAAGACAGUUGAUGGUCCAUCAAUGAAGGACUGGAGAGGUGGAAGAGCCGCUUCCUUCAACAUCAUUCCCAGCAGCACCGGAGCUGCCAAGGCUGUCGGAAAGGUGCUUCCACAGCUCAACGGAAAGUUGACCGGAAUGUCUUUCCGUGUGCCCACCGUUGAUGUUUCAGUUGUUGACCUCACGGUUAGACUCGAGAAAGCUGCGACCUACGAUGAAAUCAAGAAGGCUAUCAAGGAGGAAUCUGAGGGCAAGCUAAAGGGAAUCCUUGGUUACACCGAGGAUGAUGUUGUCUCAACUGACUUCGUUGGUGACAACAGGUCGAGCAUUUUUGACGCAAAGGCUGGAAUCGCGUUGAGUGACAAUUUCGUGAAGCUGGUGUCGUGGUACGACAACGAAUGGGGUUACAGUACCCGUGUGGUCGACUUGAUCAUUCACAUGUCCAAGGCCGCCUAAGUCGAUGAAGAUCUCGAAUGAUGUAAUGGUGUUUUUAAAUUUGUCGUUUUCCGAAUAAGUUUUCUUGGGUUUUGAAACCUUUAUGGUUUUGGCGAAUUCUC